GCCUUCCGUGCCUCAGGGAGCUUGAAGGAGAAGGCCGGGCUGCGAGAGUGUGGCGUUCCAAGGCGUUACUUCAGCACCAGUAUAUUUUUAUCCUGGUCAGUUCUUCCAAACGUCUCUAAAAGAAGCCAUGGGAGCCUGUCACUUUGAGGGUCUGCUGCUCCUCUUUCUUAUAGGAGCCCCGACCUUGAUCAUGGCACAGAAAUUGUUUUGUCAAAAGGGUACAUUCAUGGGUAUCCAGGAGGAUGCAGCAAACAUGUUCAACUGGACCUCAGAGAAAGUUGAAGCUUGUGACAAUGGGACAUUGUGCCAGGAAACCAUCCUGCUGAUCAAAACUGCAGGGACCAAGACAGCGAUUUUGGCCACUAAGAGCUGCAGUUUGGAUGGGACACCGGCAAUAACGUUUAUCCAGCACACUGCAGCCCCCAGCCUAGCUGCAAUCUCCUACAGUAACUACUGCGAGGAUCCCUUUUGCAAUAACAGAGAGGGAUUAUAUGAUAUAUGGAAUAUACAAGAGACUGAAGAAGAAACCAAAGGGACAACAGGCCUCCACUGCCCAACUUGUCUGGCUCUGGGGUCCUGUUUGAAUGCUCCUUCUGUUGCCUGCCCCAACGAUACAGAUCGAUGCUAUCAGGGGAAACUUCAGGUCUCUGAAGGAAAUGUCAACUCACUUUUGGAGAUCAAAGGCUGUACAUCGAUCAUUGGUUGCAGGCUGAUGUCUGGGGUCUUUAAAAUAGGACCCCUGUGGGUGAAGGAAACUUGCCCGUCCAUGUCCAUCUCGACCCGAAAGAUUGACAAUAGGGCCACGUGGCUUCACACUUCAGUUUGGAAGUUAAAGCUACUGCUGAUGCUGUUACUGCUUAUCCUUGGAGGGAGUGCUUCUGGUCCCUAAUCAUCUCUUCAGACUGAUCAUCGGCAGCUUGAGCAGGUGGAGAUUUGAAGAGUAGCUUCUGUGAAUGUAUUUGAGAUUUCUAAUAAAGUUUCUUCUGUGA